AUGUGGAAGCUACCGAUAAACUUUCUCUCCUUGCAUUACGCGUGGAUUGUCACUCUCAGCAUUCUGAGCCUGGUUAUCAUCUACCCUUAUGGCAACCUCAAGGCCACCGAUGCUUAUUUUUUCGGCGCCAGCGUGUCAACGGAGUCAGGCCUGAAUACAAUUGACAUCAAAGAGUUGAAGACUUACCAACAAGUUUACAUCUACAUCAUUCCAAUUCUGGGGAAUCUGGGCUUCAUCAACAUAAUUGUCCUCGUCUUUCGGGUCAGAUGGUUUGAAAAGCAUCUUAAAGCGAUAGCACCGCAUCUGUUGAGGCCGGAGCCCCUUCGAGGCCAGGAUCCAGAGGCACUACCCGAAGAUAUUUCGGAGCUGAACACUUCCGGUCUUGAGGUUGCAGCGGAUAGAUCUACAGACCAGGUGAUGGACAAUAUGGCCGAGGCCAAUAGUCAUGCUGAGACAGGAAAAUCAUCGUCGAGGGUCUCUCAAGAGUCAAGGAACUCAACAGUUCAUGAUGAUGCUCUGAGCCCAGAACAAAUUGCGGGAAAGCAAUCUAUCCGAUCCACGGAACCCGGUCGGCCCGUUCCUGGCAAUGACAACGCUCUGUAUAUCCCACCUCCUUGGAGACGGGAUGAAGGCGCCUCUUUCUCAGAAAUCAAUGAUGGAAUUGACAAUGAAGAGGAAGGAAACUCUGCUGGCUAUAAUGGAAAGGGCCAUGAAGCGACACAGAACAACAUGAAGCAGCUUGAUCUGCCCAAAAUCUCCACGCUGGUUACGAUCGGCCGGAACUCUCAGUUUCAUAAUCUCUCCACUGAAGACCGGGAAAGACUAGGAGGCAUUGAAUACCGGAGCUUGAAGCUUUUGCUAAAGAUUGUCACCGGAUAUUUCUUCGGUCUUCAUCUUUUCGGUGCGAUCUCUCUCGUGGGAUGGAUUCUACAUACCGAUCCAAAAUAUCGUGCCUAUCUUGCUCAAUGUGGCCAGGGCAGCGUUUGGUGGGGGUUCUACUCUUCUCAAACUAUGAUCGACAACCUUGGUUUUACCCUGACACCGGAUUCGAUGAUCUCCUUCCAGGAUGCGACCUUUCCAAUGCUCCUCAUGAGUUUCCUUGCAUUUGCCGGCAACACCUGCUAUCCAUGCUUGCUCCGACUGAUAAUAUGGAUCAUAUACAAGGUUUGUUCAGAGGAAUCAUCACUCAAAGAUCCACUUAGCUUUCUACUCGAUCACCCUCGACGAUGCUACACCCUAUUAUUUCCGAGCAAGCCAACAUGGAUACUAUUUAGUAUCCUGUUCAUUAUGAAUUCCGUUGAUGUUCUUCUCAUCAUCGUGCUGGACCUGAAUAACCCGGCUGUGAAUCAUCUAGCACCCGGCCCGCGAGUCCUUGAUGCCAUUUUCCAAGCCGCAUCAGCACGCCAUACGGGAACAUCGACUUUUAACUUAGCUGAUGUUAACCCGGCUGUGCAGUUUAGCUUGGUCGUAAUGAUGUAUAUCGCGAUUUUUCCGAUCGCAAUUAGCAUCAGAGCUUCCAAUGUCUAUGAAGAAAGGACGCUGGGCAUUUACAGUUCACAGAGGAGCAUGGACGAAAGUGAUGGUCGGUCGUACAUCCUCAACCACAUUCAGAACCAAUUGAGCUUUGACUUGUGGUACAUGUUCCUCGGAUGCUUUUGCAUCUGUAUUGCUGAGUCCGGCAAGAUUACGGAUACAUCGAAUCCGGCCUUUUCCGUGUUCUCCGUGUUAUUUGAAGUUGUUUCAGCAUACGGCAAUGUGGGACUCAGUCUAGGCUACCCGACCGUCUCAACAUCUCUUUCUGGAAAGUUCACAGUUUUCAGCAAGCUCGUCAUCUGUGUGAUGAUGAUAAGAGGUCGUCAUCGUGGAUUGCCCUACAGGCUUGAUCGUGCUAUUGUUCUUCCGAGCGAGCGCUCAGAAUAUGAGGGGUAUGGGGAUGAGCUUCAAGCACGGCCGAGCGAGCAAUGA